GUUAUUGCUGAAACAACAGUUGACACAUCACCUCUUUCACUGUGUGGGAGAAAUCAUAGAAAGAAAUGGCUUCAGUUCUACCAGUACUUCUUUUUUGCCUGAUUCUUCAAUGCACACCAACCUACGCUCAAAAUCCAUGCAUGAUUCAGAAUGCCAUCGCUGGUGGUCCAUUUAACCUAAGCGUUAAUCCACUGUACUACAUGGCAAAUACAGAAUAUAAUGUUACCAUUUUAGGAAUUAAGUCUGAGGUUGAAGUGGCUCUGUCAGCCUUGAAGAACAAUAUCAGCUUUGGUUAUUGGGAGAACAAUUCUUCACUUUGCUCGGGUAUUUUUGCGAAUCGGACUUCAUCAAGUGAUAUCUGGAUUUCACCCACAGACAUGUCAGCUAAUGUGACAAUUAGGGCCUAUAUCAAGACAGUGAACAAAACAUAUCUUCUAACCAAAAUGAUCAGCACAAAUUCUAGUUCUGGAGCUGGGACCACUGCUUCAUCCAGUACCAGUAGCAACAUGACCACAGCUUCAACCCCAACCGAUGGAACAGCGAGUAACGUGACCACAGCUUCAACCCCAACCAAUGGAACAGCGAGUAACAUGACCACAGCUUCAAACCCAUCCAAUGGAACAGCUAGCAACAUGACCACAGCUUCAACUCCAACCAAUGAACCAGCUGGCAACAUGACCACAGCUUCAAACCCAACCAAUGGAACAGCGAGUAACAUGACCACAGCUUCAACUCCAACCAAUGAACCAGCUGGCAACAUGACCACAGCUUCAACCCCAACCAAUGGAACAGCAAGUAACAUGAUCACAGCUUCAAACCCAACCAAUGGAACAGCAAGUAACAUGACCACAGCUUCAACCCCAACCAAUGGAGCAGCUAGCAACAUGACCACAGCUUCACCCAAAGUCAAUGUAACAACUGACAACAUGACCACUGCUUCACCCAGAACCAGUGUGACCACCAGUGCGAAGAUGAACAAUACCACAAAUUCUCCUAUCAGCAAGAUGACUGUGAAAACCACUACUCCUUCCAGUACCAGAACAACCAUCAUGCAGAUGAAUAUCACCACAUCGUCAAGCACCGUGUCAGAUACUACUACCACAGGAAAUGCUAUGAGCACCAUCAAAACUUCAGGCGGAUUCACCAUUACUUUGAUGUUCUUAAUAUUUAUAGGCAUUGGGCACACACUUUUGUAAUCAAAUUAAUGUCACAUCUGUUGGAAUGUUCACCUGUACUUACCUACAGAUAUAACUGUCCUAACAUUUUCUGAGAUUUUACACAGUAACAGUUCCUGAUGUUAUACAGUGGUGAUCUUAGGGCUGUCAUUUGGAAGCACCUGAUGUUUUUUACUUACUUUAAUACACAGUUAGGCUCAAUUGAUAAAUGUUAAAUCUGCUUCGCCCUAUUAUAAAUUACAGUUAAUGCUAAUUUCCUAAACUAACUGGCAUGAUGAAUCAUGAAACAUUUUGUUGCACUUCUGAUCAGAAUUUAUAAAUGAAAAUAUUUGCUUUGCAUUUAUUAAUUCAGAAGUUCAGCCAACUCCCUCAAUGUGAGACUACAUGAAGGUCGCAACUGUUUUGUUUCAUGUAAUUUUUAUGGAUGUUUGCUGCCUUGUAUUUUUUGACAUUAUUAAAUUGUAUAUGGGAUGUACAAGAUGUACACUGUAACAACACUUCCAAUAUAUUGAAAACUUUUUGGUCAGCUGUUUAAUUAUUAACUCUAUCACUUGGCUUUGAUGAUGAGUCUCAAUCAGGCAGCAUGUUAGAUGAUCAAUUGGUGAUAGAAACCAACAUUCAGUCUCUGCUAAACAGUGAAGGCAGACAAUGAGCUCAGAGGAAGCCUGAAAAUUGUAAUGGAAAGAUUCUACUUUACAAAAUAAUUGCGAUUGACUUUGAAUUCCUGUUCCAUCCUGACUGAUAGUUGAAGAUCAAAUUGUUUGUAAUUUUUCAAAAUUAUCUUUGAAUUCAACAUAUCAUUAAUUACUGAUAUCUUCUUAUUGGUUGGAUGCAAUACAUCAUGGGUAAAACAGUUUCUAUGGGAUGUCAUUAUAAGUUAUAAUAAUUCUGACUCUUUAACAAUCCAUUUGUUUGAGCCUUAAGUGCCAUUAAUAUAUUUAUAUUUUAUUUGAUGCAGUUUAUAAGAGGUAAUCCUUUAAGACAAUCUUACAUUCUCAAUUAAUAAGUAUUACCAUGACACAUGGUCCAUUUGGACUUCAAAAUUCAGACACUACAAUAGGCAUCAUAAAUAUAUCACCAACUAUUGACCUAUUUUCUCAGCUUUCAAUCUUUUUUCAAUUUUCAGAUCUCAUUUGUUACUUGGAUUAGUUAUCUUAUGAUAUAUUAAUUGUUAUCUUUAUAUUUCUUGUGCAUUUGACUGUAUAAGAUAUUGCACAGCUCUAAAUAUUCCAAAAGCAAUGAUAUAUUUGACAUUUUAUCCAUGUUAUGAAGAUUUGCAAUGUCUGAUAUCUUGCAAUUGCACUUUAAAAGAUAAACACCUACCAACUUA